AUGCCAUUCUUCUAUUCGUUAUUAGGAGCAACAUUCACAAAGACCAACAAAUUCAUAAAGGCCCAACAAAACAUUCCAGUAAAGUAUAGAAAACUGUGGACACUUCCUAUCUUUCAAGACGAGAAACAGAAAGCAAAUGAUGCAUCCGAGCAACCCCAAGUCGAUGACGCAACAUCUAAAAACCAGAGCAAAUUCCAAGGUUUCCCCCUCGACAUUGUGAAUAUAAUACUCGACAUCUUGCAAGAAGACCACGAUAAAGCUACAAUCAUCUGUCUCGGCCUCACAUGCCGAACCUACUGGAACUAUAUCCAAGGAAAACCAUAUACUUACUUUCAAUUCGAUAAAACCGAAGAUCAGAUAGCCCUUCGAGAAUAUCUCGCCGCAUUUAUCGAAACCUGGACGGGCCCAAAUUAUCGUCGUUUGGGACUUCAUAGUCGAUAUAUCCAAACACCAUUUCUGUCUCGUGCCGUAUAUGGGAACCUUCCUGGAACAGAGGAAAAAGCUUUGGAUGAUCGAUGGAAAGACUAUAAAUCCCUGGUUAUUCAUGAAGAGGAUCAAGAAAUUCACUUUACUCCUAAACCUCUCGGUUUAAACGCAGAACAAUGGUAUCCUCUCGCAGCACGAGAACUCAAAAAGCACAUCUUGCGUGGGGAAGCCCGAAAUGAUAAGACUGAAAUCUAUAGCGCAUAUCGGGCUUCUUCUCUAUGUCGCUGGCUGGUGUUUAAUGGAGGCGAUAAGUGGUUACUGUAUAGUAGAGAUCAUGUGGCGUAUGGAAAAUCCUCACAGUUUUCGCUUAAUCCUUUGAUUGCGAUGUUGAUGGCUUUUCCGGAUGAUGGAAAGUCGUGGACGAUGAAGUCAAAGAAAGUCUAUGAAGAGAAGUAUUUAGAGGGGAAAUGCUAA